AUGAUGAUGUACGAGGGAGAUCUGAGAAGAUGUCGUCGCUGCAAGAGAAAGAGAAUGGACGAUGAGCCUCCAGAGGUCCAACAGUACAAGACCUGUGCCAAAUGUAGAAUUAUCGAGCGCACCAAAAAGAAGCUGAGAAAGCCUUUGGCUGAGGAGACCAUGAGAUAUGGUAUGCGCCAAUUUCAAGAACAGAAUCAAAAUGCCAAUUUCAUUCACGACGAUGUUUUUACAGCUGAUCAGAUUUUAUCGGACAUGCAAGCUAACAGGGAUGCCGGCUUGGUUAACCCACUGAAGCAGCUGUACAACACACAGUUCUCGGUAUACAAACAACCUAACGCCAACGCGCUGGGAUAUAACCAACAGCAAUACGGGCUGCAAGGAAUCAGUCUGGGAAUGGGCGCCGCAUCACCAAAUUACAAUUAUGCACAGAACUACUCGUACAACGGUGGCCAACUGGGCAUGAGUCCAGGGUAUCCUGGUGCAUCAGUAGGGCUGUCUGCCUAUCAACUGCCGCUGAUGGGGAAUGCAUCGCCUUACAUCAACAAUCCGGUAGCUAUCGCGAAUGCUGCUACAGCAGGUGGCCUUUCUUCUGUUGGUGUUCCCACUGCUCCAACCAUGCAGACUAAUGGCAGAAACCUACAACAGGUAGGUUCCACCUCGACAGCAACUGCGGCCCAAAUCGCAGCAGCAGCCAUUAAUCGGCCUGAUGCUCUGAUCGGUCAGCCUAUGGGAUUCAAGCUGCAACAACAGUACUAUCGACACUAUCAACAAAAGCAAGGAGACAGAAGCAGAAUAACAGUGCCGACUUCUUGCGAGCUAUGUUCCCAACCCUUGGACUUGGAUGACAGCGUAAGUGCAAUUUACAGAUUAUGUAACACGUGUUACUCAAAUCCCUACAGCCGUCCUCAUGUUUACAGCGACUUUAAUGAUUUUCUUCUAGCAAUGGGCAGCGAUACCGCGGAAGGCUCCUUCACCUAUAUCUCCGAGCUCGCAUCUUACCUAGUGGAAUCACUCAAUUCCAAUAAGCCAAUAACUUCGGAGCAACAGUUUCGUAAAACGAUGCUAGACAGUUUCCGUCUGAUUUACUUGGAUCCGCUAUUCGCUUCCUUAUCACCAGCCAAGCUUACUCAAACUAGCAAUAAUAUCUCGGAAUUGAAUAACACUGUUCCCAUAGUGUCAAAGGUCAGUCAACAAAAUCAUUACUUAUUAACACCUCCACUCAAACAGACAUUUGCAACAGCGGAUAACGGCAUCAACAUUGAACUUAUGUUUGUAACGGAGACAAACUUAAUAAUCAUCAAGAAGGUGGCGAAGGCAGCUCCUUCUGAGUUUACUGAUGAUUUCCUCAAGGAUCUUGAUAGCAAGAUGCACGAAAGGGGCUUAACGUUUGAUGAUGAAGCAUCAAAGGUUUAUACUGAUCUUGGGCUCGUCGUUGACGCGGAACACUUUGCUAAGAACUUCAAGACAUUUGAGAAACAAAUCGCGGAGCUUUCCGGACCUCAAACAGUGAAAAGUAACUCUUCACAGAACGGUAAUGGUGAUAGGAAGGCCAAUGAGAGCGAACAGAGUGAUAAGGAAAGUAAUGAAAGUGAUCAGACUCAAGCCACGGGAUCUGUUGACUCGUACAAAGAAAACAGUGAAGGGCACAAAGGUGAGCCAAAUGGAACAGAGGCCCUGGUAGAGGGUGCUGAUCCUAAAGAGGUUGAUCCAGCAUUCGCUGCUUAA